AUGGUUGAAAAGAAUGGAUCCGAGCCUCCUAAAAAGAGGGCAGCGUCUAGGGAUAUAAAUUACGCCGAGGGAGAUCCCGAUGCUGAGCUGAUGAGAGAGAAUCAGCUAAUCGAAAGCUUGGAACACCAUAAUGCCCUUAAGAUAAAAAAGUCCAGGAAGAAUGAAGAAUUAGUAAAAUAUCAGGAUUAUCUCAAUGACAAAUUUACCAGUUGGAACUUUGUUCCCAAUCUCCCGCCAUCUUUCAGGAAGACUAGUCGUUUUGCCAACUUCAUCGAGUUAGAGGGUUCUAUGGUAAACAAGUCCAGACAAUGUUUGUUCAGUGAUGAAGGCGAGCUAUUAAAAGCCAAUGACACUAUCUAUAUGGUCUCUGAACCUCCUGGUGAGCCCUACUACAUUGGUCGAAUUGUAGAGUUCGUUUGCAAGCCUGAGUUUAAGGACCUAGUGCAAGAGUUGGAGAAAUAUACCACCGAGAUCCCAUCCAAAUACUUUCAGUUGAAGAUGAAUUGGUACUAUAGGCCCAGAGACAUACAUACACACACCAAGAGCGUUGGACCUCGUCUCGUAUACGCAUCGCUACAUCACGAUGUUUGUCCCAUCACAUCAUACAGGGGAAAGUGCACAGUUAUACAUAGCAAUGAAGUACCAGCUGCAUUGCAUAAUAAGAUAGAGCUUGUCACCAAGGACAAUGUCUUCUAUUUUGAUCAAUUGUUCGACCGACACUCGUUGAAGUAUUAUGACGUAUAUCCCACCGAUACCGUACUGACUUUCGACAGUAAAUCAUCUUUUCUCUAUUACUUAGCUAAGAGGUUUCAUCACGUUUAUGUCGAAGAAGGGUACCCGUUGGAGAAGGUGCUCAAGAGGUAUUGUCUCGGCGAUGAGGGUCAGGGUACUGAAGAUAAUUCUUGGGAUUACCGCUGUACUACUUGUAGGGAAUGGUGCGCAAGCAGCCAGUGUUUGAAGUGUGAUGAGUGUCAAUGCGCUGUUCAUCUGGCUUGCAUGGAACCACCUUUACCUCGCAAACCAAAUAAAGGUAUCGUUUGGUUAUGCUACAUCUGUCUAAGGCGACAAGAAGGUACAGUCGAGUCGCUAAAUGAGGUGAUUCAGGAAGAGCAGUUAGAUAAGGCCUUUAUUGAAGCAUCUAAGAGCAGUUUAGGCAAUCUCGCUACGCAGCGUGUACAGACAGAGGUACCAAUUCUUCGAGAGAGUACAUGGUUUCAGUAUAUGGGACAGUACCUCAUUUCGCAUAUGAAAGACUUACUAGAUGACAAUCUCCUAUUACCUUUUCCUUUUAAGACCUCUCGAGUUGGCCUUAAGUACCAAUGGCUCGGAUGUAGUGAUCCCGAGAAAUGGCACCCCAGAUCUUACUCAUCGGACGAUACUAAUGAAGAGAGAGGUAAACCCAGUAGUGCGGAGCUCAAUUGGAGACUAGACGGACUAAAGAUAACCCCAGAUGAGCUUGAUGAUUACGUGAGGCAAUGUCGAGAGCAUUUUCCUAUAAAGCUGAGUAUGUCACCAGAAAGUUGCAAUUUCUUGGAUAUGAUACUAAAAAUAUUGAUGGAAUGCGACUACGAUCAAAAUCUGGCCCUGAAGUUAUGUGAAACAAAACUGACUAGGGAAUCCCUCAAGGAGCCCACUCUAAGUCCUGACGAGGUUAAGCAGUUUGAAGAAGGGGUUGCAAAGCAUGGUAGCGAGCUAAAUCUAGUGAGCGAGUGCGUACCAACCCAGCCUCUUUCCAUGAUUGUAAGAUUCUAUUACCAUUGGAAAAAGACACCUAACGGGAGAGCCAUUUGGGGGAACUUUAAAGGUCGUUCUAAGAACAGACAGAAAAAGUCUCACAACAAUGGUUUAGAGGAUGCGAACAACAGAAAAUCCAACCGAGAGAGAAAACCAACCAAACUAGCUCUACAAAGUGAUGUUUGCAAAUUUCAACGGGACUACAGAUUUAUAGAUGAGUCCUGCUUUGAUGUAGAGAAUAUGCCAAUACUUAAGGAUUAUUUUCACUGUCAGUUUUGCAAGAUCGACUUUUCUCCCAUGUGGUACAAGGUUACUGGCGGUUUUGAUGAGGAAGAAGAUACGGCAGAAGUAUCAAAUGCUAUCUCAAGCGCUCGGACAGGUAAGUCAAAAACAAAGGCCAAAAAUGAUCAUCGCUCGCUAGAUGCGCUCUGUAUAAGAUGUGCUCGACUAUGGAGAAGAUACGGUGUUAAAUGGGAGCCACCGAUGGAGGUAUUUAAGCGAUUAACCGGGGCCAAUAACUCCAAUUUACAAGCUUUACUCGGAUCUAUUCUUGAUGAGGAGAAUAUGAAUAUCCUCAAAACGCCGCCGCAGCAAGCGGGUGAAAAGCUGGUAGAGUGGGAGCUAGUUAUUGACGCAGAACUACUUGCCAGACAAAGAUUGAUUUUGACCAGGCAGCCUAACACAUUUGUGAAGUACAAACGACACUCAGCUGCUUCCCGAACAAGACUCUACAAAAUGGUCAAGAGACCUUACGAUAGAGAGGCCUAUAGCAUAGAAAAUCUGAGGAACGAACUAAAAGAAUAUUUGAAACGAUACAAUGCGCAGUUGGGACUUACAAUCAAUGAUGGUAGUGACCACCAAAUAACUCAAUAA